GUCUCCUAUUGUCUGCCAUUAUCUCCUUUCUUCAGUAAUGAAACUGUCACAUUUUCCCAUACAACCAGCUUCUUGUGGAUUUGGGGAGUUCCUCUGCCACAAACACACAAACUAAAGAGAUACCCAAUCUAAACGAUUUGUAGUAACAGGUUCAAAACCCCUUUUGUAAUAUUUAAAAGUAAAUCUACAUCAAAUAAAACACGAGGCUGAACUGGCAUUCAAAGCGUAAGACACGCAGAACAUUCCAUCACCUUUUGACUGGAUCUUUUUAUAGCCCUGUGUCCCGUGAUCUCUCCGGUCAUGUUUAGUGUAAAGGGGGGGAGCAGUAACACUACACUGACAGGGUUGGGUAACUGACUGUCCCUCCAUGACACAUUUAGCCACAAUGUCUGACCACUGCUCCACCAGAUUGGGCGGAAGAUGGCGUCAAGGUUUUUUGUCAUUUAUAGGGUGGGACCGACUCUGUUACACUACUGUGCGUCAUGACAUCAGUGUGGAACUCUGAGAUGACUGAGAGCUCUAGGAGACUAGACCCAGAGAGAAGACUGCAUUUUGGGGAAACGUGACCUGGAGAGGAACCUGCAUUUGGAGGAGAGGAGGCCCAGAGAAAAUAGCUAAGUUAGGGGAGGCAGAACAGGAAAAAACAAAUUGAUGUUGAGGUGAAAUUGGCCAUCAACAAGAGGAUCCUGUCCAGGCUGUGUGUGAAGCAGGAGUGUGGAGACGAGGGAGGGCAACUCAGCAGAUAGAUCACCACACACCCACAUCCUCCCGUCUGCCAGCAACGCUCACCCCAGGGCUCGUGGGCAUUAGAGGAGUGGGGCCCAUGUCGACUCCCAGCUCCUGGGCAGAGGAGACUCGGGGAAGAAGAAGUGUUGGCGGACACAAACGCUCAGCAUCAUGGGGCAGCGCUGAACACUUGAGGGAUGUGGUUAAGCUCAAGCACCAGCUGCAGAAGCGCUCCCGACACGCCCCUCCCUCUGGGGGAUAUGAGCGUCCCCACCACCCCCUACCUGGAGGCCAUGUGCCAGGCGCUACACAGACGGUGCCCCUGAGCAGGUUGGCCCCUCGGCUGCGGCGCAGUGUGGAAGGUCUGAACCUGGAGCUGGAGGGGGUCUUUGUGUCAGAGACACCUGAGGACCAGCACAAGAUCCUGGAUGUCCCAGAUGGCCACAGAGCCCCAGUUCCUGCCCAGAGGUGCAGCAGUGGUACCCAGAGUGAACCCUCCCCCGCCUCGUUCGACCCUGCUUUGCUCUCUCCAUCUGAGUCUCCCUGUUCCCUGAACCCAGCUCUACUCUCCCCAUCUCAGUCUCCCUGCCCAAUGGGAGAGCCAGACCCUGUGGACUGUGAGACAGUGUGCCCCUCUCCAGUUGUUCUGGACCCCUCCCUGUUGCAUCCCUCCUCCCCUCGUCCCAACAAGACCUACUCCUUCCAGAGGGAGCCCCCUGAAGGCUGUGAGCGAGUACGCGUAGUGUGUGAAGAGGCUAUGUCUCCCUGUCAGAGAGAGCCUCUCCUCCAGGUAUCAUGCCCUGACCCCAACAAGGUGAAUUUCACUCCCCAUGGAGGCUCUGCCUUCUGCCCUGUCAGUCUGCUCAAGCCCUUGCUGCCCUCCAUGGACCUCCUGUUCCGCGGACUGUCAGUCUCGCCUGUCACAGGCUGCUCAGGUCAAGGCUCUGCCCCCUACCAGACAGUUGGGCAUUCGGUUGGGGGCUACAUGAGUGGACCCCUCCAGGACACAACCACCAUGUGACUGUGGAGAUGGGGUUGUUUUCAGACUAAUGAGGAUGGAUUUAUCCUAAUAGGAGAUUACAUCAAGAUGGCUGCCACCACCUUGUCAGGGACUGUUAUGACAAGCCUCCAGAUCUAUUCAACUAAGAUCAACAAAAAAAGAGACCUCUACAGUGGGUUCUUUGUGGGAUCAGGUUCAAAUCUGUCAUUGGUGUUCUAUCCUGAUUCUCAGAGGGACUUGCUGCUCUGGGUACAUUGAUAGUCACUUGCCCCCUUGGUUAGGGGGAGUAAAUAAAUUGUACAAAUGUUUGUGACAUAUUUUCAUUCUACACAACUUGGCCUUGCUCUGAUACCCUUAGAUUUGUUAUAGCUAGAGCUUGGAGUCAGAGAUGUACUAAUUAGUGAUGCCUGGGUUUACUCAUAACCCGCAGAAUCCCCCGCGGUUAUAUCUGCGGGGUGGAUGGGUUUUGUCAUUAAAUAUUGUGUGGUGGGUGGCAGGCUGCUUGAAUAAAGAGAAAUAAUACCUUUAAAAAAUCCAUAAAUGUGUA